AGAAGAAAAAUUAAAAAAGAGAAAUAAAACAAGGGGGAGAGUUAAAGAAGGAACCAGCAGAGAAGAGAGAGAACUUUUCUUCUUCUUCAAAGCUUGAACCUUUUGAUUCCAUUGUCCCUUCUCUGCUACUGAUUUCCUCUCAUUUCUCACAGUCGCCAUGGAUUUGAGAGUCUCUGGCGUUAAUUGGUUUUUCUUCACGUUUUAUCUUGUAUCCGUAUCUGGGUUUUGUGCCGCAUUGCAGGAAACUUCAGGUGGAAAGCCGUCGUCUUCGUCGAGUUCAGGGCAAAUCAAUUCUAAUUCAGUCCUUGUAGCUCUUCUCGAUUCACAUUACACGGAGCUAGCUGAGCUUGUGGAGAAAGCUCUUCUUUUGCAGUCAUUAGAAGAGGCAGUGGGUAAGCAUAACAUCACCAUUUUCGCCCCUAAGAACGAAGCUCUUGAACGGGAUCUCGACCCUGAGUUCAAGCGUUUCCUUCUGGCUCCUGGUAAUCUCAAAUCUCUGCAAACUCUGUUAAUGUUUCACGUUUUACCUAAACGGAUCGGAUCCAAUGAGUGGCCCAAAGGAGCUUCUAAGUCAGCUAAGCACAAGACGCUUUCUCACGAUCAUGUUCAUCUUACCUGUACGGAUUCCGACAAGAAGGUCGAUUCCGCGGCGGUCAUCCAUCCAGACGCGGUGACCCGUCCCGACGGUGUCAUUCACGGGAUCGAACGGCUAUUAAUCCCCCGAUCCGUUCAAGACGAUUUCAACCGCCGGAGAAACCUCCAACAGACUUCUGCGGUGAAGCCAGAAGGAGCACCGGCUGUCGACCCCAGAACCCACCGGCUCAAGAAACCAGCACCACCGACGCCGGCAGGUUCACCGCCUGUGCUGCCGAUCUAUGAUGCAAUGGCUCCAGGGCCGUCACUAGCUCCGGCACCCGCACCAGGCCCCGGCGGUCCUCACCACAAGUUCGACGGAGAAUCCCAAGUUAAGGACUUCAUCCACACUCUCCUGCAUUACGGCGGAUACAACGAGCUCGCCGACAUUCUGGUCAACCUCACGUCCUUAGCGUCAGAAAUGGGAAAAUUAGUGUCUGAAGGUUACGUCUUAACAGUAUUGGCUCCGAACGACGAUGCCAUGGCGAAGCUGACAACGGACCAGCUGAGCGAACCUGGUGCUCCAGAACAGAUCAUCUACUACCAUCUCAUUCCAGAGUAUCAGACGGAAGAGAGUAUGUACAAUGCGGUGAGGAGGUUCGGUAAGAUCAAGUACGAUACUUUACGAGUACCCCACAAGGUUGUGGCGGAGGAAGCAGAUGGGUCUGUGAAAUUUGGACAGGGAGAUGAAUCGGCUUAUCUGUUCGAUCCCGACAUCUACACCGACGGUCGAAUUUCUGUACAGGGCAUCGAUGGCGUGUUGUUCCCUAUUGAGGAGAAGACGAAAUCGGUACAGCACAGUUCUACCACCACAACCACCACCACCAAGGCUACUGUGAAGCCCAGGAGAGGAAAGUUGCUGGAAGUGACGUGUAGGAUGUUAUGGGCUUUUGGUCAGGAUGCUCAUUUCACCUCAUGCCAUUGAAAUCCCUCCCAAACUUGCAAAAUACACUGAGAAGUAAAAGAAGGAAAAGGUGCCUUAUAAUUGAGGGGUUGGACAGGAUGUAAAGAGUGGUGGAAUGGAAGACUCUUAGAAGCAUGGGUGGUUUUAUUUCAUUUUAUUUUUUUCUUUUCUUUUUUGAGAUCCUUUUCUUCUGUUUUUGGUUUUCAUUUUAUCUUCCUUUUGCCACCAGAGACCAGCUGUGAAUGGGUUAGGUAUUUGGAAAAUGGGGAAAUAUAGAAGGGGAGAAGAGAAGAUGAAGGAAAACCAAGAGGGGAAAAGGAAAGAGGGAGUGUCACUGCCCGUUUUAGGGUUUCUAUAAAUAGCCUUUUAAAGUACAUAUGAGAGGGUAUGAUUUUUUUCUGUAAUCCAUCUCUGGUGCCCAUGGUUUUUACUGUUGCUGUAGAGAGAAGAAGAGGGCAUUGGGAGAAAACAGUAGAAAUUAGAAAGUUGGUGGUUAUGGUGAUGGUGGUGGAUUUUUUAAUGUUUAUUAUGUGUGAUUUGAGGACUCCUCAAGGGAGGGAUCUAAGGGAGGGGGUCUUUUUCAUGUGGGCGUCUUUGUGUAUUGCCCACUCCAUGAAAAUAAAAAGAAAAUGGAGAAUAAAGAACAGAAAUUUGUGGGUAACUACUAUUAUUAGUAAUAAAAAUUCUUUUGUGUUCAUAGUCAGCCAACAAUAAAGUGUAAAUUGUAAUCAAAUUUAUUUUCUUUUAAAUUUCUGAAGUGGAUUUUUCAACA